CAUGACAAAAUCUUUCACAAGAGGUGAUCAGUCAGUGAUCAGUUAUGUAAGCUUAUUCUCAAAAGCAUGGAGGUGGAGAUAAUUUCAAAGGCAGCCUGUUUGAUGACAGGCAUUUGGUUCAAGAUGCGUUAGCCAUGGCAUGGCCUGUGCUUGCUUCUUGUUCUGAAGUGCCUCAUCCUAUCUCUGUGUUGUUUGAUCGUUCAUUCCUCAAACUUAGUUUCGCUGUUCCAUGAUGAUCCUGAGAUUGGCGCUGCUCUGGGUGCUUUGCUCCGCAUGGCAGGAGAGGAUGAAGGAGCGGCCCGUGGUGCGGCGAGAAGGAAAGGGCCACCCUCGGUCCGAUCUCGCGCAGAAGAGCUUGUUGGUGACGGCGGAGGGAGAGACCGAGAUGGAAGCUCAGCAGAUGGCUCCGCCCCCCAACGAGCGAGCGGCCAUGAUCGAGGAGACGGAGUUCGAUGAGUCGGAGGAUGUGGCCUCCGCGCCCGAGGAUGAACGGGAUGCGCCGCCGGUGGAGGAGACGCACCCCCGGCCUGAGCCACUCAUGGGUGAGGCCGACUGGCCGGAGCCCGAGCCCAGUGAGGAGAAGCCUGGGGCUGGGGACGACGUGGAGCCCGAGGACGCCGAGGUGCCCGAGGCCGCGGCGCCGCCGCCCGCCGCCGCGCCCGUUGCGGCCGCGGCGCCGUCAGCGGCGCGGCCCAAUGCCACGGAGGCCGCCCCACGCCCCACGGAUGCCGUGGCGGACGAGAACGAGGACGACGACGGGCCGGUGCCGGGCGACGCGCCGGAUGCCUCGCCGGAUGCGGCGACGGCCGAUGAAGCGGAGGAGAUUCAGCUGACCGAACUGGAGGAAGACCCACAGGACCGAAACCCAGAGGCGUUGACAGCUGAAGUGAGCAUCAUCGAGGAGACGGUCUCGGAAGAAGAGUCGGAAUCUCAGUGGAGUGACGGGCCCGACGGGACCGACUCCCCGGAGGAGCCGGACCUCCAAGGUGAACCCCUCACCGAAGAGGAGGCCACCUCGGCUCAGCCGUCCGCGGCCGGGGACGCGACGCAGCAGCCUGAGGACGACUCCAAAGAUGAGGAUCCCCCGGCCGAGGAUAUUCCCGACCCCACCAACGAGACGGAGGCCGAGCUGGGUCAAGGGGAGAGCGGGCCAGCGCACCAGUCUGACCUGGAGGAGGACUUCGCCAAGCUUUUCAACUUCAUCGACGCUGAAGCGGCCUCCCUGGCGCUUGAGAACGCAGGCGCCUGUUUCGGUCGCUGGUGUGGCUUGGUGAAUGGAUGA